AUGCAUGAUGAGCUCACUGCCUUACAACAAACUCACACAUGGACACUAGUUCCUCCUCACUCUGCUCAAAAUCUAGUUGGCUCCAAGUGGGUUUUUGGGAUCAAACAACAUCCGGAUGGCUCCAUUGAAUGGUAUAAAGCUCGCCUUGUUGCCAAGGGCUUCAAUCAACUUGAAGGUAUCGACUACACUGAGACCUUCAGUCCCGUGGCCAAACCCAUUACCAUCCGUAUCCUAUUAUCAAUUGCAGUACAAAAUGAUUGGCAUAUUUCCCAACUUGAUGUUACUAACGCCUUUCUACAUGGCCAUCUUCUUGAGGAGCUUGGUUCUCAAUUCACAAUCAAGGAUUUAGGCGCUCUUCACUACUUCUUGGGUAUCGAAGUGCAUAGAACUUCCUCUGGCCUUUUUCUCAGCCAAACAAAGUACACCAUUGAUCUUCUUUCCAAAACCGACAUGCUUAACACCAAACCAUUUCCCUCUCCAGCAACCACAACAAAAUUGGCUUCAGACUCUAGUGAACUUCUCUCCAAUCCGACUUCCUACAGAUAUAUUGUUAGCACUCUUCAAUACUUAACUUGGACCUGCCCUGAUAUCUCAUAUUCAGUCAACCAAGUCUGCCAAUUUCUCCAUGCUCCUUCCACAACUCACCUCACUGCUGUCAAGCGAAUCCUUCGAUACCUCAUAGCCACUCCAGAUUAUGGUCUACCAAUUCAUAAAGGCAAGCCUCAUCACACUGCCUUCUGUGAUGUUGAUUGGGCUGGCAAUCCUAAUAAUCGUCGGUCCACUAUUGGGCCCUGCAUAUUCCUGGGUACUAAUCUCAUCUCUUGGUCUGCUAAAACGCAAACCAUUAUGGCUCGCUCAUCAACUAAAGUUGAAUAUCGCGCAUUGGCCACAACAACUGCUGAUGACUUGUGGAUCUGUUCUCUCUUAAAAGAACUCCAUGUCUUAUUGAACCAUCCACCAUUAUUUCACUACGACAACAUCUUAGCCGUUGCACUCGCUGCCAACCCCAUUUUUCACGCCCAGACAAAGCACAUUGAAGUGGACUAUCACUUUAUCCGAAAUUUAGUGACCUCCAAAGCCAUUUCCAUUCAACAUCUUCCUUCUCAUUCACAAAUAGCUGACAUUUUUACAAAGGGCCUCCCUACUGAACGCCUCCUCACUCUUCGAUCCAAGCUCAUUACUCGUCUCUCGUCUUCUCUUGAAGGGGGAUGA